ACAGUAUAAAGACGGGCGGCGGUGAUGUGUGAUUGCUGGGGAGGUUGUCCUCACUCGCCUUCGCAGCAUCGUAGCUGAGGGCUACGGACUGCAUGUGCGCUUGGGAAGCCAAGCGACAAUCGCAGCUUCACUCGCAAUCAGGACUAUCAGGGGCACAAGAGGAGGUGCGUAUCCGACGGCAUCGAAAGGAGCCGCAUCAGGAUGAGCAUUUAUGGCAAAAAUCGAAAGGAAAGCAGCAAAACAUGAUGGCCCGGGAGCCCUGUCUUCCAACCGCGUUAGCCUUACCCCGUUCCUGCUUCACCUAUACACGGUGUUUUUGCGAGGAAAACGUAUACUUGCUUCUCGCCAAGCUGCACGCCUUAAUAUCAUCUUCGGAAGAUCUUUUAGGAUGCCAGCUGUCUGCCUUAUUCGUAUCAAAUUCACUGAAAGCCUGUCCUAUCUGGAUGCAGCGUGAAACGGGGGAAGCCUUGGGGAAUGCGGAUCAAGUAGAGGACAGGGAGGAAGCGGGGACGGAGGGAAACGAAGAAAAUAAAAUCGCUGAAUUUUCGCUAAACGACGGGCCAAUAUUAUGGGACUAUCACGUCGUCGCGCUUUUAGAGACGCCCGGGGGCCUGGCCUAUGUCUACGACCUGGACACGCGCCUGGAGCCCUUCCCUUGCCCGGCCGGAGCGUACGUGAGGAAGGCGUUCAAACCGGACUUGCCCCUGAGGGAGGAGUACCGACAGGGCGCCAACUCCGCCUCUGCCAUGACCCUGCCUGCCUUUUGGAAGGUGGACGAGGAAGAGGAAGGAGAGAAGGAGGGCGGGACGGAGGGAAAACUGGGGGAGGUUUUGUCACUCGGAGACUUGUUGAAACGUAUAAAGUAAAGGGGAGAAGAAGACUGUGGGUGAAG